CCAACAACAGAUCGAUGUGUGAAGCGGACGAGAAACGUCAACGUUGUUCUCGCUCUGAUUGUGUCGAUCUGUCAUUCAAUUCAAUCGCGGAUCGCUCGCGGGUGGCCUCUGUUCUUGCCAGCGUAGCCGGUUCUCAUUCUCGGUGUAAUCGCGAUUUGCUUAUAUUGUCCGAUAAGAAUAAGUAUUCGAAAGAUAUACACAACGGCAAGAAUUACGCAAACGAUAGUGAUUUGUGCGAAAGAAUGAGUGUAGGAAGCUAAGCUGCCACUGCGAGUGAAGUUCCCUGUAGGAGAAGAACCUCUUAUCCAGCUCAUCGUACUUCGUCGACGAUUCUUCGUUCAUUAGUGCGCGUGAAAUAUACGGGAUGUGGAGGAAGAGGAUUUUUUCUUGUCCGACCUUCUCGUGAAAGAAGAUUCAUCCGUUUCAGCCUCUAAGCUGUGCUCCCCCAAAACGUCAUACGAAAAAAGAUAGAGGAAGAAGCUGCAAGGUCAAUUGUUUGAUGAAGAGUGUUUCUAUAUUGUUUAAAAGAACUGUGCGAGUGAAGUAGAUUAGCAAUUCAAGUGGAAAUAAUUCAUUUACGUUUGAUCGUACCUAAAUUUUGCCCUGGAAUGAAGCCAGUCGAAGAGGAAUAAUGGUGAACUUGGAAGCAUUGGAUAAUUUCCUGCCUUCGAUAGUAACUGGGCGCUGCUCCCCUUUGGAAGCUGUAAUUACGCUUAAUAACCGGACAGAGCCGAGUCCAGAUUAGUUUCAAGUUUGGAGAUAAGCCGCAGUAUCAGCAGCAGUAUUCAUUUCAGACGUGAGAGGAACAAAUAAUUCCGCUGCAAAAUGGGAGCUGCGGAUAUUUCCGGCAAUGGGAAUGAUGGCAUUACUCAUCUCAUGAAAGUGACCAGCGCCCUGUUUUACGGGUUCGCUUCCUUCUUCAUCACCGUAGUCAAUAAAACCGUGCUCACAUCAUAUCGAUUUCCAUCGUUCCUGGUACUUAGUUUGGGUCAGCUGGCAGCCAGCAUCGUAGUACUGUUCCUGGGAAAACAUUUUAACAUAGUCAAAUUCCCGGAUUUUUCCCGGGACAUACCACGUAAGAUAUUCCCAUUGCCAUUGAUCUACCUGGGGAACAUGAUGUUUGGCUUGGGUGGAACACAAGCCCUCAGUUUACCUAUGUUUGCCGCCCUCCGGAGGUUCUCCAUCCUGAUGACGAUGAUCUUGGAGCUGCGAAUACUCGGCAUCCGACCGACGACAACGGUCCAAAUCAGUGUCUAUUCCAUGGUAGGAGGAGCUCUGCUGGCUGCCAGCGAUGAUCUGAGCUUCAAUCUGCGUGGUUACCUUUUUGUGAUGAUUACCAAUAGCUUGACCGCCGCCAAUGGCGUCUACAUGAAGAAGAAACUGGACACGGCGGACAUGGGAAAGUACGGUCUCAUGUACUACAACUCGCUAUUCAUGUUCUUACCUGCCUUGAUUGCCACAUGGCUUCUGGGCGACCUGGACAAAGCAUGGCAAUUCGAAGGCUGGAACGAUUCCUUGUUCCUGGUGCAAUUCCUACUCUCCUGUGUGAUGGGAUUCAUCCUGUCCUACAGUACGAUCCUUUGUACACAGUACAACUCGGCCCUCACGACGACUAUCGUGGGCUGCCUCAAAAACAUCAGCGUAACCUACAUCGGGAUGUUCAUCGGCGGGGAUUACGUUUUCUCCUGGUUGAACUCCAUUGGAAUCAACAUAAGUGUCGCCGGUUCGCUGUUAUACGCUUACGUCACUUUCCGGAAGAAAGCCCCUGCGGCAGGGGCCGGUUCCAGUAGUGCGUCGUCCGACCGGAAAUCGCUUCUACCACCACCGGGUCGAAUCGACAACGUGUGACGGAUCGGCAACUUCAAGUGUGGCUGUUGAAGAUUUCGAAUUUGUUGGCCCCCCUAGGUGGCAGCAAUAUGGAACCAAAGUGACGAGGCACGGUUUGGAGUUGUAUCCUGUGUAAAGUGUUUUAGUUUAUUGUACGUAAUUUGUAUGUAAUUGUGCAUCUUGUAGUAAAAGUAUCCAGAUGAUGAAAGUUAAUUUAAUAAUUUAAAGUGACAUAGCAUAGUUUAUUUUAAAAUUGGAGAAAAGUAUUGGUAAUAAAAAGUGGCUAGCUGCAAACAGGCCAGCAUAAUGAGGAAGUGAAACAUAAA